AUGGCAAAGAACGAUCCUCAGACGGGAGAGAAAUUCCUCGUGUGCGGUCUCUGUUCUAACUGGUUCAAGAAACCCAGGAGUCUGCCUUGUCUCCACUCUUACUGUGACAACUGUCUGUCAAAACACAUUCUCAGUUCUGUGUCUAAAGGGGAAAUCACCAAUCGAUCAGCCUCCAACACGAAAGAGUUCAACUGUCCUCUCUGCGAAAAGGUUAUCACGCACGAAAAAUUCAACAAACUUCCACCCAAUCAGUGGGUGAACGAAUUUCCAGUGAACAAGUUUCUGUUGGAUCUGUUGGAUAUUGAGAAAUUGAAAAGAGGAGACAAGUCAUGUGGUCCGUGUAAUAGAAAUGGCGAAGAGUCCACGAUCACUUCUUGGUGUAAGGAAUGCCGGGACGGUCUGUGUGACAACUGCGCAAAAGUCCACAAAGGGAUGCGUGUUUCCAUGGAGCAUACAGUGUUGUCACGUGCCGAUUAUAUGAAGCAAAUGGAUCUAUUGAAAGAAUACCAGGAACCGUGCAGGAAACACGCAGGAAAGACGUUAGAUAUGUAUUGUUUGUUUGAAAGGGAACUUUGUUGUCCGAAUUGUGUAGCGGAGGAACACAGGAGAUGUGAAAAGGUUAUACCAGUCGAUGAGGCAGCCAGGAAGAUCAGGACAGAACGUGAGCCAGCAUUUCUCUCCGACUCACUGGAGCAGUACAUCAAACAUAUCGACCGAACCAUGGCGGAUCGAAACAAUCACACCAAGAAAUUAGAGGAUACGAAGAAAAGUUUGACGGAAGACUUCGCAACUAUCCGUAUUGAGAUAAUAAAUAUGUUAGAUAACAUGGAGAAGUCGGCAAAACGGGAACUCAAUCAAAUACACGGAGACGAAACAGCACAGAUUCAAAAGGAAAUAAAGAAAUGUAAUUCAAUGAAAGAGGCUGUGACCAAUGCACAGAUCCUAUUGAAGAUGGCCGAGGAGCAUGGUAGCGAUUCUAGAUUGAUGAACACUUUAGAGAUGAUCCGAAAGGAAUGCUUCUGGUAUGAGGAGGACAUGGGGAAGUUGAGAACUAGACUACAAGACUGUGACUACGACUUCGAGAAGGACCACACCAUUGACAACAUGAGGCGUACUGUCAAACAACUCGGUAAAAUCAGUGUGAAACACGUCCCAUCAAAGUUACCACCAUUCCCGAACAUCGUUACGUUUGAUCGCGUCGAGCAGUCCAAAAUGAACAAGUCUACUCUCUCCCUCCGUGGACGAAGAAUCGAGCUAUUAAGGACGUUUGAGGCAAAGCAAGAGGACGAUACGGCAGAGUGUUGGCAUACAGGGGCAGCCUUCCUUGGUGACGGCAAACUCGCAUUGGUGGAUAGGCAGAACAAGAAACUGAAGAUCUACAACAAGAGCUACCGCGUUCAGCACACAUUUCCUCUGUCCUCUAAACCAUGGGAUGUCACUUUGGUAAGUGGUAAUGAAAUAGCUGUGACACUUCCUGAGGAAUAUGCCAUCAUGCUGCUGGCUGUGGAUGACGAAAUAACGCAGACAGAUUACUUCUCGACGGAGGAGAGAUGUUAUGGCAUUACGUUCGCCAGGGGCAAAUUCUUCACGCUUUGUUAUGACGGAGACCCACCCGCACUGAAGAUCAUUGAUUCGGAUGGGAAAGAGAUGGCUGCAAUAUCACAUGACGACAACGGAAGGCCGCUCUUCUCUCGGCCUAUCUACGUCACUUCGAACUCGUCGGGGACCAUGGUUUACAUCACGGACGAGAGGCGUGGCUCCAUAACCACACUGGCGGAGGCAAAACAGUACUCCUUUCAUUACUCGUGUCUGGAGGUGAGCCACGCCGCGGGUAUUGACGUCGAUCAAGCGGGAAACCUUUACGUAUGUCGAAAUCACGCUAAGAGCGUCCAGAUGGUGUCUCCAGACGGGGACAGAUUGAAGACCCUUGUGGCCCGGGAUAAGAUCUCCUACCCGCGGGCUAUCGCUUAUGACCCCACAGACGAGAGGCUUGUAGUCACUCAAGGAGACAAAAGUGCCGUCAAGGUGUUUCAGUUCAUGGCUUCAUAACUUGGUAGUGCCAGGUGGUGGUAUACUACUAAGUCCGUGUGUGACGUAUGCAACCAAGAUCAUAUGGUUUACAUUGGUACAAUAUCGAACUUCAUGGUACGGACAUCAACGUAUAGCAGCAGAAAAUAACUCCAGCGUAAAUUUAUAGUAUGUUCCAAACCUUCAACGCCUUUCUAUUGUAAGGUAAACCGACCUACAAUACAAUUUAUAAUACGCUUCGCUACUUGGCUACAUGUAAUUUGUAUCCUGUUAGGUUCUUUGCUGAAUUGUCAAACAGUAUUCUGUCUAUAUUGUGAGAGUAUGUACAUAUUCUGUCUACAUUGUGAGAGUGUGUACAUAUUCUGUCUAUAUUGUGAGAGUAUGUACAUAUUCUGUCUAUAUUGUGAGAGUAUGUACAUAUUCUGUCUACAUUGUGAGAGUAUGUACAUAAUCUGUCUAUAGUGUGAGAGUAUGUACAUAUUCUGUCUAUAUUAUGAGUGUGUACACAUUCUGUCUAUAUUGUGAGAGUAUGUACAUAUUCUGUCUAUAGUGAGUAUGUACAUAUUCUGUCUAUAUUGUGAGAGUGUGUACAUAUUCUGUCUAUAUUGUGAGAGUGUGUACAUAUUCUGUCUAUAUUGUGAGAGUAUGUACAUAUUCUGUCUAUAUUGUGAGAGUAUGUAAAUAUUCUGUCUAUAGUGUGAGAGUGUGUACAUAUUCUGUCUAUAUUGUGAGAGUAUGUACAUAUUCUGUCUAUAUUGUGAGAGUAUGUACAUAUUCUGUCUAUAUUGUGAGAGUAUGUACAUAUUCUGUCUAUAUUGUGAGAGUAUGUACAUAUUCUGUCUAUAUUGUGAGUAUGUACAUAUUCUGUCUAUAUUGUGAGAGUAUGUACAUAUUCUGUCUAUAUUGUGAGAGUGUGUACAUAUUCUGUCUAUAUUGUGAGAGUAUGUACAUAUUCUGUCUAUAUUGUGAGAGUAUGUACAUAUUCUGUCCAUAUUGUGAGAGUAUGUAUAUAUUCUGUCUCUAUUGUGAGAGUAUGUACAUAUUCUGUCCAUAUUGUGAGAGUAUGUACAUAUUCUGUCUAUAUUGUGAGAGUAUGUACAUAUUCUGUCUAUAUUGUGAUAGUAUGUACAUAUUCUGUCUAUAUUGUGAGAGUAUGUACAUAUACUGUCCAUAUUGUGAGAGCAUGUAUAUAUUCUGUCUAUAGUGUGAGAGUGUGUACAUAUUCUGUCCAUAUUGUGAGAGUAUGUAGAUAUUCUGUCUAUAUUGUGAGAGUAUGUACAUAUUCUGUUUAUAUUGUGAUAGUAUGUACAUAUUCUGUCUAUAUUGUGAGAGUAUGUACAUAUUCUGUUUAUAUUGUGAUAGUAUGUACACACUCUGUCUAUAGUGUGAGAGUAUGUACAUAUUCUGUCUAUAUUGUGAGAGUAUGUACAUAUUCUGUCUAUAUUGUGAGAGUAUGUACACACUCUGUCUAUAUUGUGAGAGUAUGUACAUAUUCUGUCUAUAUUGUGAGAGUAUGUACACAUUCUGUCUAUAUUGUGAGAGUGUGUACAUAUUCUGUCUAUAUUGUGAGAGUGUGUACAUAUUCUGUCUAUAUUGUGAGAGUAUGUACAUAUUCUGUCUAUAUUGUGAGAGUAUGUACAUAUUCUGUCUAUAGUGUGAGAGUAUGUACAUAUUCUGUCUAUAUUGUGAGAGUGUGUACAUAUUCUGUCUAUAUUGUGAGAGUAUGUACAUAUUCUGUCUAUAUUGUGAGAGUAUGUACAUAUUCUGUCCAUAUUGUGAGAGUAUGUAGAUAUUCUGUCUAUAUUGUGAGAGUAUGUACAUAUUCUGUCCAUAUUGUGAGAGUAUGUAGAUAUUCUGUCUAUAUUGUGAGAGUAUGCACAUAUUCUGUCUAUAUUGUGAGAGUAUGUACAUAUUCUGUCCAUAUUGUGAGAGUAUGUAGAUAUUCUGUCUAUAUUGUGAGAGUAUGUAGAUAUUCUGUCUAUAUUGUGAGAGUAUGUACAUAUUCUGUCUAUAUUGUGAGAGUAUGUACAUAUUCUGUCCUCCUUAUGGUCAGGUCAUUUAUUUUGUGACCUUUUAAUAUUUUGUAGCGAUAUUGUUUCUUGGUAAGAAAUUUGAUUAAAUUUCCCUUAAAAGCACCUUCAUAUAAUUCUGUAAAUAUCGCUUGCCGUACACUACCUUGGGAUGUCGAAGGCAGUGGCCAUAAUGUCCAAAUUACAGUAGAUUAUUCACCAAUGGAAGGUUUCCUGACAUUGUGCAUGUGCAUGUAUAGCCAAAGGUUAUCAAUGUGUUAAAAAUAACGCAAAAAACAUAGGUUUAUAGGUAUGUCUUGUUAUUUUUUUUUUUCAUUUGAAGCAAAAUGUAUGACCUUGGUCUAUUCCCUCUUAAUCAAACCUGAGUUAAUUAUCGUGCGAGUUUGUUACAAUAUUGUGUUAUGUUUUAUUACAAUAGUAAUAUACUGUGUGGUAAUACAUUAUUUUAUUAUCUAGACCCGAAAACAUAAUUCUAUUUAUAUCUCUAUAUACGUAUGUAUAGGUCGACAUCCAGAAGUGAUUAAAUAUAUGGUAUAAAUGGAUUUCAAAAUCAAUUAUGAAAGGGUAUAAAAGGCCUGUAAUCAUUAGCAUUUUAUACCAGUCACAUUUAUCUAAACUUUAAUUUUUUUUAAUCCAAACUUGAAAAUUUCUUUUCUGAUGAUUUUCCUGAUUUGAACAGGUCAUGUUGUGGCCAAUAGUAGGCUGAUCAGGUGACAAUAAUUUGAUAAUCUGUAAAUAAAUCAUCUGUGUUCCUAGUGA